AUGGCAGUUGCUGCUUCCUCCCUAAUCCUGCUUGCCGUUGCCAACAAGGUAGAGUCCAACGAGCAACCACAAGCUGCCUGUCACAACUUUGGGAAGAUCAUGUUCAGUGUCUUUGGUGGCACGAAACUCAUCGCAAUCUGCGCCCACUCGGUGCACAGGAUCGAGCCAAGGACAGCACCCCGAGCAUCAAGUCAAGGCAAAGGCGUACCGUCUUCGACCGUUGGGCAAGAGCCAUUUGCAUAUCACAUGCUCGUGUAA